AUGGAUGUUGGUGCGAAAAUGCCCUUAUUUACGAAUGUAUCGGUACUCGUAAUCGCUGCAUUCUAUAAGGCAACGCACGCUAUCCUUUACAAAUUAAAGUUGAAUCAAUCGGUAACAACUAUCCCGACCGUCGGUUUCAAUGUGGAAACCGUAACAUACAAAAAUGUUAAAUUCAAUGUUUGGGACGUUGGUGGACAAGAUAAGAUUCGACCACUAUGGCGCCAUUAUUAUACCGGCACGCAGGGACUAAUUUUUGUUGUUGACUCGCAGGAUCGUGACCGAAUAGAUGAAGCACGCCAAGAAUUACAUCGAAUUAUUUCAGAUCGCGAAAUGCGGGAUUGUUUGUUAUUAGUCUUUGCGAAUAAGCAAGAUUUACCAGGAGCAAUGUCUCCUGCUGAAGUUACCGAGAAACUGGGUCUACAUCGUAUGAGCCAAAGAUCUUGGUAUGUGCAUCCUUCAUGCGCGACCACUGGUGAGGGUCUUUUCGAAGGAUUGAAUUGGCUAAGUCAAAAUGCUAAGGCAAAAUAA